ACCAAACGCCGCACUCAAGUCAGAGACAGACACCGAGACUUUAACGAGGCUGGGGCGACUGGGCUGUCGUCGUGCUUCCCACUCAGAGUAUUUACUUUACACUAACCCGAGGACAGUUUUAUCCAAUCGGGACUCAGGUGAUGCAUUACAGACUCACAAUGAUCCGUCCUGUUCAUACGCUACAGAGACACAGAUUAUAUCUGGUGACAUGCCUGUGGGCUUAGAUACACAGACUAAUCCAAUGAGAGGGAACUGGAACCAGUACAGUAGUAGUGUAUACUCUGAAAGGUACCUAGAUAAGAAAGGGGAAGGUCUUGUCGUAGAUGAGGUUAAUGUGAAAGUUGAACGCAACUCUCCUCAGACAUGGAAUGCAGAUGAGUCUCACUUAAGAGAAGGACUCUCGCUGGACAACACCAGUGACUUCUUAGAUUACAGGGAAAGCUUGGAGACAAAUCGAAAUGUUGCGACCCACUCCCCUUUACGUGCGUUCAGAGAUUGCGACCCAGUGUCCACGUCGAUGGAGCCAUCUGAUUCACACGGCCGAGUCCAUUUUGAUCAGGUAUUGAACUCAAAUGACAGGACUAGAGCCCAGACUCAGAAAGGGGACUCUACAUUGUGCAAUAGUAAAGAGAAACGGUUCCUCUGCAUGUUCUGUAAAAAAGGCUUCAGCUGCCCCCAUAAUGUGGAGAUCCACCAGAGGAUCCACACCGGAGUGAAACCCUACAGCUGUACACAGUGCCACAUGCGCUUCGCCCAGGCUGGCAACCUGAAGAGGCACCAGAGGGUCCACACAGGGGUGAAACCCUUCAGCUGUACACAGUGUCACAUGCGCUUCGCCGAGGCUGGUGACCUGAAGAGGCAUCAGAGCGUCCACACAGGGGAGAAACCCUACAGCUGCCCCCAGUGUGAGAAGAGGUUCUCUCGUCAGCACCAGCUGAAGAUGCACCUGAAGAUCCACACAGGAGAAACGCUGUUUGCCUGUAUGCACUGCGGGAAGAGGUUCUCAGAGAGGAGCUACCUCAGAAUACACCAGCAGAAAAAUCAUUCCAAUCUAUAACAUCGAAAGAAACCAUUUCAUGCGAUAGCUUCUGACGUUUAGAUCAAACCCUGCAUUAAAGACAAAUUUAUACAUUGUCAUUGUUAUCACCAGAAAAGAUCCACAGGUGCAUUUGGAAUAACGAGUAACAGACUUCAGUGCUGAAUAUUCCUGGGUAGAAUUUUGCAUCCAGACAUUGUGUGAUAUAUAAGCCUAAAGUCUGUUACAUGUUAUGUUUGUACUGUGUAGGAUAUAUGUUUACAAAUGCCUGGAUUACCUCCAUUCACCUACUGAAUAUUUUCCCAAGACACUUUUAUGAGAAAAUAAAUGCAGUUCAACAAGUUAAUACUGAUAUUUAGUUGGGACAUGUGUAUAUGUGGUUUUCAUAUGGUGUAUUUAAAACGUGUUUAUGUUUAAUAAACACGAAAUGGGACUUUUAUUGAGAUUCUCUUUAAUAUUCAUCACAUAUGAUUUCACCCUAUUCUGCAUACACACAACAGUGCUUUAUAACCAAUAUACACUUACUAAAUAGUUCUACUAGGGCCAUCGUUUAACGUGUGACGUGUUUAAUUCUGUACAUUUUUUGGAUGCCGUGAAUUGCUUUUCCAUAUCUUCACCACAUGGAACCUUCUUUGUGUUUCCGCACCGGCGCUUUUAAAUGCAGAACACAACAGGGAACACAGCUACAGUCAACGCUUGCACGUUUGCAUAGCUGAAGACUGUGUGCCUCUAGCCAAAACCAUGUGAAAGUUAUACCCAAUAGUACUGGAGCUAUGUUUUUUCUUUCAGAUGCGGAUUGGUUUUAAACUACUCACAAGCUGCUGUUUUUGAUUUGACAACAAACACCAUUGGUUAGCUAGCUAGUCAUGUUACCUAGCAACCUGAUAACUUGACCACUGCCUAGGCUAUGCACAUUUGGAUGGCACAGGAAGAACUGAAAAGGAAUAGGCUCCUCAAAAAUAUCAAAGUUAGGCUGCAUAUGCAAGAGUGGGGUGUGUAUGAUUGUGUGUAUGUGUGAGAGAGAGGUUGGGUGUUUCUCAUUUUUAUUCAUUCACAUGUGCACUUGUCCAGUGAAAUGCCGUUCUUUCUCUUUCCCAACAAAGCAGUCAACAAUAUCAUAGUCAAUAGUGUGAGAGUGGGAGGGAGACUGCGUAGGACUAUGUGAGUAAAGGUAUCUGAACAGUACAGAUGGUUAUAAUGCUUUCAUCAGUUUAAAAUAUCUUUUGUUCUUUUGUAUCCAAAGAGACAAGUUCUUUUUACCUAGAAUGCUUUAACAGUACUUAAAAUGGUGUGUGUAAGAGAAAGAGAGAGUGUGUCUGUACUAUGUACAAGUGUUACACUUCAAGAACAUUGAUAAGGGGGAGUGGGCCUACAUAAAUAUUGGGAGCAUUACAAGCUGUAGCUAUGUUUGUGACUUUUGUGUUGUUUAUGGUGAAAAUACUAUUAAAAGAUUCUGAUGUAGA